AUGGCAAUGAGUCAAACAUACACGAAAAGUGAUUUUGAAGCAGAGGAGGCACAAAAGAUCGCAGAAGAGAUGACUGAGCUGGCAGGGAAAUUUAACUUGGCAGAUUUUGUAGGAUUUCGCAAAAACUUGGACUUACAAGGUUUUGAUAAGAGUCUGGAGGAUAUGCUUAAGAGGUUUGAUAAGAUGAUGGAGGGGAUAAUGAAGGAAAAGGAGGAAAGACAAAAAGAAACUGACACUUCCCAAGAAAGAGCAAAAGAUUUGCUUGAUAUAUUGCUUGAUAUAGCUGAUGAUGAUGAUGCAGAGAUGAAGCUGACAAGAGAAAACAUCAAAGCUUUCAUUCAGCAAAAAUUUGGUUACUUUUUCAAUGUUGCACAGGAUGUCUUUGUGGGAGGCAUUGUUACUUCAGCAACCACAAGAGAGUGGGCAUUGUCAGAACUCAUCAACCAACCAACCAUACUCCGGAAGGCUAGAGAUGAAAUUAACACAGUCCUUGCCAUGAACAGACUAGUCAAAGACUCCAGCAUCCCAAACCUCCCAUAUCUCCAAGCUGUUGUAAAGGAAACACUGAGGCUUCAUCCAGCAAUCCCAACGAUCAUCCACGAAUCAAAUGAACAUUUUAAGAUUAAUGGCUAUGAUAUCCCUGCAAAAACAAGGCUUUUGGUCAAUGUAUGGGCCAUCGGAAGGGAUCCAAAUCACUGGUCCAAGCCACUUGACUUCAAACCAGAAAGGUUUAUCGAAAUUGCAAAGGGGCUGGAUGUUAGAGGCCAAUACUUCCACUUGUUGCCAUUUGGCAGUGGUCGGAGAGGUUGUCCAGGCACAACAUUAGCCUUGCAAGUUACACAACCAAUGCUCGCUGCCGUGAUACAAUGCUUUGAUUGGAAGGUCAAUAGUGGUCAUGGGAUUGUCGACAUAACAGAGGGGACAGGGUGUACAUUGCCUCGAUCUAAACAAUUGAUAUGCAGGCCUGUUGCUAUUCUGAGCCACAUGCCACUUGCUUGAUACAAUCAGGGUUCAAUAAUUACUGGUUUAAUAAGGAUUCAAACUUGUUUUAGGUUUGUGUUGAUGUUAAUAAUCAAACAGCUAAUUAAGAGAGGGGUUAGGUUAUCGGGAGUCCUCUAACUCCUCCAAAUAUUCAGUUCUGGAGCAAGCUGUUCUUAUCUGCACAUAUAAGAACUCGUAAGAGGACGGAGUUGGGUUCUCCGCUUGUUCCUCCAACAAUCAAGCCAACAAAUCGCUUGAGUAAAGAAGAAAAUGAACUCCAGAAAUUCUUUAGCUCAAGGAGCAGGAAAAUCGCUUACAUUGGUGCUGAGAAUAGUCCUCAUAUUUAUAGUAAUAGUAGAGGGGUGGUUUGGUAAUUUCAGCUGAGUAUAGGCGGGCAGCUGAGUCGGUAUUUGCUUUACAAGUGUCGACUGCCCAGUGACAGGAGUCACUUCGGCAUUUUAUAUGAAGUGACAGGAGGCCCAUGGAGCCAACAUGGUCUGAUAUGUUAUAAAGACUUUUAAGAACGGAAAGAUGAUGAUUUUGACUAUGCAUUUAAUGUAAUGGCAAUCAGCUAUCAGCGGGGAGACCAAGGUAUGUCGUCGUCUUUCUACUCGUCAAGUAGAGAGCCCAGAAGUAUCGCCUUUCGAGUCGGCUUCAUGAGAUGUCAGCCGAAUAGGUGAUCGUGUAAGUCGCUUGUGGAGUCGAUCUAGCGAGGUCGACAUGUAAUGCUUUUUGAGCCAGCAACGCAAAAUGUCAACCCUUCGAGUCGUAUGAGCUGGGGACUUUUGAUUAUCUCGAAGUGGUGAACUAAUUUAAUAAGACAGUUAAUGUGGACACUUGUCUGCUAUUGAAUGGAGAUUAUUAUUCAAUAAUUAAAGCAUUAUAACAGUUGUGUGAGAAUAAAUGUAGCAUGUGGCUUGUCUGCGGCACUUUAUUAUGUGAAUGCUACUAGAUUAGUUACCUCUUCUUGGUAGAAUCACAAUUCUUGAAGGUUACCCAAUACCCAUCCACUAAUGAUCAAGGGCUAAAAUAAAAGUGUCAACCAGUUCCUAGAAUUACAAGGUGGUAAACGUGACUUAUGGGAGAGGUUGACACCUACACCAAUUAAAACAAAGACUUAUCAACAAGCCUCAAUUUUCCUCCCCUUAUGGGAGAGAUAUUAGAGCUUUUCACCGCCUUAUUUUAUAGAUUUAACUUGAGAUAUCACCAUACUAAAGAUACAUAUAACUACUAGUAACCAAAGGAUACAUGUCUAUAUCUUACAUGUAUAGCUUCCCAUUUUCGCACCAAAACAUACAUCUCUCAAAAACUUGCAUCUUUAAAGGGUACCAAUCAAGAGCAACAGAUCCAUCUCACUACCGAUGUUUCAAUUCCAUCUCACUACUGAGCAUUCUAUGCAGAACUACAUUUGAUCAGAUGAUCACUCCCUGUAUUAUAGCUACUGAAUGAUUUUGACAAAAUGGGAAAACCACAAUGACAAUGAGACUGAAGAAAACUGAUUUGAGGCAGAAGAUAGGGACUGAAGAACAUCUUAUACGCUCAAAUAUUCCUCAAAUAACAUGAUCAAAUAAACAGACUAAUUAAAUUAAAUCAGUUCAUAGCUUUCACCAGAAUAUAUCAACUCAAGCACAUAUCUCAAAAUCCUAGAUCAGAUGGUCACGAUUUCAUUAAUCCGUAAGCGUUGACAGAACAAACCUAGCUACAAA